UUGAUGGUGUUUCUUUCCAGUAUACAGUAAGGUUAUUAUUCUCGCUAGGAUUAACCGUUAUUUACGUGCUCAGCUAUUGGAACUAAUCUCUGAAAGUCUUGAACUACACAUUGGAACUAUUCCGUAGAAGUUUUGAAAAAGUAAAGUUAUUGAAUAAGUGAUAAAUCGUGCGAUUUGUGUGAUCAAUGGAUUACUUUUAUGUGAUAUAUAAAAACUUUGGUUCAUUAAGUUGCCGAUCCGAAAAACAGUGGAACGAUAUAUAGCGCUUUUCUGGGAAGUAUCAUAACAAUAUAGCUUGGAGUUUCUGGAAAAUCGCAGACGUUCCGAUACAGCGUUCAUAUUGUGGAUUAACAAAUAAUAAACAAUUGUUAGAACUGUGAGGGGGAUAUUGCCGUGGAUCACUAUCCCCUGUUUCCUGUUAUAACUCGGGGAUUUAUUGUGACGUCCCUCGGUGAUUGGCAAGCCCAAAGCGCGAGCGGCCUCCCCUGGGACGCAGUUUCCGGCUUGAGCGGCUAGUGUUGCCCCUCAACUCCAGUGGUUGUGCCGAGCAGGUGGUUUUUGGCGUUGUUUUGUGCUCGUGAGAGGAUUAAUAGGCCACUAUUGUUAAACGCAUGAUCUGAAUCUAAAUCAUUCUUCUAGUUUUUGAAGACAAAUACACAGUGUUCAAAAAAUGGAGUUAAUCAAAGGUUAAUGGUGUUAUCCAAACAGUACUUACUAAUGAUUUCUAUGCUGGGGAAUAUAAUAAUUAUGUUACUUAAAAUGAAAACAAACCAACAAUAAAACGCCUUUAUAGGUCAACAUUCAUAAAAACGAAACGAAUCCAUUAGUAUAAAGUGAAACACAAUGGAUUACCAUGGUACGCGGUUCUGUCGGACGUGCGCAUGUGUCAUCGUGCACGUGGCGACGCUGUUGACGCUGGCAGCCGUGGCGGCGGGGGACUCCGGCAGUACGGGUGUUAUCCCUGUGGCUAGAUGCCGGGCCCACUGUGUUACAGAGUUUCUACCAGGACGAGUGAGCGAUGACGAGUGUGAAAAGUCCAAGAACUGCGUCUGGUGCUGGAACGUGUGUGAACAGAUCUUCAGCCAGUAUGAGGUGUGGAAAGAUACGUGUGGAAAAAAGGCCCUCUGUAAACGGGGUUGCCAGACAGCUUGUGAUUUUAGAAAGUAUUUCCCCCAAGAUUCCAAUCCAGAAAGAUGGGUGUUCCAGGAGAUCCCCGCCAUGACCACGUACGCCAGUAAAAGAGCGUCAUACAUGGCCUGGCACAACCCCGUCAGGCCAAAUAGCGUACCGGACAGUCAGUCAAAACGUACCAAUUUCAUCUUUGUAUUAUUGUCGCGAGAAAACCUGAAAAUGGCGGGAAAGGGAAACGCAUGGCAACAAACGCUCCAGACGAGUUCUACGGAAGCCGUGUUGGACCUCCUCCAACUGCCCUACGAUCCCGAGUUCUGGCUCCUCGCCGUGGGAGAGGAGGGGACGGUGGCCCAGAUACGCUUCAAUUCCACAAUAUCUGACCAGGUUCCCUGGGAUAAAGGAGUAAUUCCGGUCGGUGACUCACUUCCCAGUCGCUACGGAGACGGUGCCGUGAUUGAGUACAACUCCACGCUCAAUCUGACGUUCACCAUGCCGGUUAUUGAUGGACGGCUGGUGCCGCGCCUCGCAUGGACAAACCCGGAAGUUGUGGCGAGGGCCGGUAAACGGAUAGAGUACCAGGUGGACCUCUUCCUUAACCAGUGCGACUGCGACCGGCCGCCUAACCACAUGGCGGAACUCGUCGUCGCGGAUGCCACAAAACAGCCGGACGUAACGUUCGACGACAUAGCAUUUAACGCGGAAUACCACGUAAAGAUCUACCUCUUUUCCCAAAAAGAGGCAUGGCAUGGCGAAAUCAAAUUUUAUACCCCGACGUGUGAAAAAACGCUCCUGUAUAACGAUGCUCAGUGCGAAAGUGGCGUGCAGGCCGCAACCGUUGUCAACGUCAGAAAAACGACGACACCAUUUCCUAAGACAACGUUGGAAAAUAUUGGUACCGGACAGUUUGCGGCUAUUAAAAAGGAUGGCAAUGAGUUGGACAUGAGUCUGGUCCAUGGCGGUUAUGAUGACGCGUCACCACACGGCCUUGACUGGAACUUGACGGCGACCGGAAAGGCGUUUGAUGAGCAAAGCAGCCUUGUAGCGGUGGACUUUCAAUGGUCCGAACCCUUUGACCUCGCACAGGUUGGUUACCGGCUGGUGUGGGCCAACGUGGAUCACAGUCGACACGUGGAUGGUGGACGUCACAUGUACGAGCUGAGAGGGACGUCGCACACAUUACAUCUACGACCCUAUAGCAUUUAUGAAGUCUUUGCUACGGCAAGCUAUACGGAUGACGGCGGAACGCAGCACGAGGUCCGCUCACGGAGUGUCCGAGUGUCGACGAACGUCACCGACGACAUGCCGCUCGUCGCCGCGGCCAAAACCUCCGUUGUCGACAAUGAGAAAGAGAUUCUGAAUGGCAUCAUCCUCGGUGUUACCGUUGUCUCCAGCCUGAUCAUCGUCGGCAUCAUUGUCCUGUUCGUCUAUAAGAAGAGGCAGAGUUUCAGGGACAUAAUGCUCACCAAGACCGCGGUCGCCAAGAGCAACAGCUACAAGUCAAAUGUCGGAUGCAAAGUGGACUACUCCAAUCAGAUUCUGAUCACAAACGAUGACUGGGAGAUAGAUUGCCACCAACUCAAGUUUGCCAGCCAUAUAGGACAGGGGGCGUUUGGCAAGGUCGUCACCGGGUACUACCAAAGUGAGAGGGUGGCCAUAAAACUCGUCAGAGAUUGCGCACCCUUAUCAUACAAAGAAGACCUUCUAGCGGAAAUAAGCCUGAUGAAACGUAUUGGUUCCCAUCCCAACAUUGUCUCCAUGAUCGGCGCGUGCACAAUGACGGAACCAAUCUGCCUCGUUAUGGAAUACGCUCCAUAUGGGAAUCUUCAAAACUUUUUAAAGAAAUGCCGACUGGAGGGAGAGUUAUCUGUCCAGGCGGGGCGGAGCCCGGAACUGAACUACUCCCUGAUGGAUGAGCACGGAGGGUUAAAUGAGGGCGUAGUCAAACCAGCCGACCUGCUGUCCUUCGCUAGACAGGUCUCGAUGGCGAUGGAAUACCUUGCCGAGAAGAAGUACGUCCAUCGCGACCUUGCCGCCAGAAACGUGUUGCUAGGUUACGACAAGAUCAUCAAAGUGUGCGAUUUCGGCUUGUCACGUGACAUCUUCGCCGACAACCAGUACAAGAAACUGACCAAUGGAAAGCUCCCUCUUAAAUGGAUGGCGAUUGAAUCUCUUCGGGACCGCGUUUUCACGACGCAGAGUGACGUCUGGUCGUUUGGUAUUCUACUCUGGGAAAUUGUAACCAUGGGAGCUUCGCCGUAUCCGAGCAUAGCGCUUGCGGACCUUUAUUACCUGCUUUCAAAUAACUACCGGAUGGAUAAACCCAGCAAUUGUUCCGAUGAAGUGUACAUCAUAAUGCGACAAUGCUGGCUGGAAACACCCGUGGACAGACCAAACUUUACCGACCUACGCGUGCAACUCGAGUUACUGCUAUCACGUGACCGGAACUAUCUCGAGUUAGACAAUAUAAACGUACCCCUGUCCACACCGGAAAGCUCCAGCGGAAGUCCCGUGUCAGACGACACUAAAUCGCUCCUUGCUGCGCAGGCGUUACAACCACCGCGGAAGUUGUCAAAAGACGAGUUAACUGUUAGUGUUAGCAUUCAUGAUAAAUCCGUUGAAAAAAUAUUGAAACGGAAAAGUGACCUAGAUUCGCAUAACAUAACAUUUUUAUGAAAAUGUGGUGGUGUGUUUUCUUCGUUUGAUGGUGAUUUAAGGAGGGAAUCUUCUGGAAGAAACAAGACGUGUGCUUCUUGAAGUGUGUUACAUAUCUGUUCUAAAACUAAAAUGGCUGUUGUGGUCAGACGCACUAUGGUUUUGAUCAAUACGAUUUAUAGUGUGAAAUCAUGCAUUUUUUCUUGGGAGUUUAAACGAAGUAUGGUUUUCAGUCCCAGAUUUCACAACUGUAGAUAUUUUACAAUAUGUUCGGCAUUUAGUAUUGUGAGUAAAAUUGACUUGGAAAGCUAAUACGAACACAAUUAUGUUUAUUUGCAAUGGCUAGAAAUGUGUCUUAACUCGUUGAGUGAGGUGUUGUGAAUGGAAAAGUACGAUACUAAACGGUGUUUUGCUACGGGUACGAUAAGAAUUGGGUCGGACAGUUGCGUACAUGGUGUACAGUGAUAUUGGAACAGCUUCAUACAGCGGUUACUUCCCUUUGUCGUACAGUAAUUACUGCCAUCACGCGAAUCACGUGAUGAUGAUUUGAAUCACGUGACGUCAUUCAAACAAUGAAUGGUUGUUUUUUUCGUGUGUUUUAUUAUUUGAAAACAGCGUUAUUUAAUGGAAAUUUAAAAUGAAAUACGUAUUAAAAAAAACCUUUUUAAUAUUUUAUAACUUAAAUCCAGCUAUUUCGUUCGCGAUGACAGAGAACUUGUCUGCACAUCAAGGGAGAUCACUGCGUAAGAGAUUGUGAUAUUGGUUGAACGUUCGAAUUUUUAUCUUUUACAUUAUUAUGGCUACGUUUCUGGGGCAGGUAUGUUCAGAAUCGAAUUGCAUGUGUAGUGUAUUAAGGAAUUAUUUUCUUGAAGAAAAUGUCUUGCAUGUUUGAAAUACAUUAUACUUCAUUGUACAAACAUGAAUCAAGUGAGCAACACUAUGCUGCUCUGAAUUUGUUUUGAAUGUCUUUAUUUUUGAAUUUGCAUGUAUUUCGACAUUGCCAAAAUACAUUUUUAGUAUAAAAAUCCUAUUGGAACUCAAGAACCAAGAUUUGUUUACUUGGAACACACAUAUAAUCCAUGAAACACCCAUACAUUGAUAAAGACAUAUACUCCUACAUAUGAAUGUAAGCUGUGUAACUUAUACACAUUAAUCGGAACUCCUUGGCCAUUUUCCAUCGUAAACAGCAUUGGAAAUAUACGGACGGUUUGUAAUGGCAGAAUGCUUUGCUUUUAACUUCGCUGCAAGUAGAUCGCGUAGUAAUUUCAAUUAAGCAGUUAAGCCUAAGGAUUUUACUCUCAGAAAUCUUGAUUAUUUAUGCAAUAAUGCACUUCACUAGGAAUCAGUUUUAAUCUAGUAAUACAAAUAACACGUUAAAACUCUACAAUUAAUUAUUACAUAUUAUUUAUUUUACGAACUUCUUGUAACAAUGCACUGGCAUAUAACCGAGGUUGUUUUUGAUGGGAAAAGGCCGAGAUGAUCCGAAAGACAACAAACAUGCAAGUCACUCCCAUCAACUUCCGGUCAAGCUUUUUAUGAUCAGGACCAAUAGUCAAUGAGGCCCAAACUUAACUCGCUUUCUCGUUAUUAUCUUACAUACACACUUAAGAUAAACCAAAUUUGAAUCAUUUGUUUUACUUCAUUUGCAGUGGAAUCUCUUAUUUAUAAUUCCAUUUUUGGGCACUUGCAGGGCAUUUUAUCAUUGUUUUUAUUAUUAGAUUGUCUGCGUUUUUUUGCGAUAGCCUUAUUGUCGACUUCGGCGUCGUACAUAGCCAUGGACCUUGGCUUUGUCUAAAAAGAGUUCAAAAUAAUGUGUAUACAACUGUGUUCACCUGUUAACAGUGAAAAUAUACACGGAUAAAACAAGACCCAUUCCUCUGCAGGCCUUAAAUUCUUAAAACUUCUUAUGCUUAACAAGCUUAGGUUACUUAUUUCAAUUACUCAAAAUACAUACUUAAAUCGAAUUAUGAUAAACAAAACAUGGUUUGUUGUGAUUAUAAUAAAGAUAAUUCCUAUCUAAAGUAUAAACAUUCUUAAAGAGUUGAAUACCAUGCAAAUUAGUGAACAAAAAAUAGUUAGCUUAGCUUCAUCCUGUUAUAAGAGACUUAAGAAGUUUUGAGAAACUUGGGCCUGGCGUAAAUUAUUUCAACUAUGCCCCUUUUUCGACAAAAAAGUCCAUUACUGAAACUUGGUAUACAUAUUACUAUGUACAAUACACGCAUUUACAGCAAGAACCUUUACUCUGGCUCACAUAUGUGUCCAGUUGUGCAGCUUUUCGAAACAAAACAUCAGACGAGCGUUUGGGGUUCGCUUCACGGCCCUCUUGUAAUUCUUCAAUCAUUGCUAGAAACCAUUGAAUACCAUUAUAAUGAAAAUUACUAUGUUAUGUAUAUUUUGUACUUGUUUGCAUUCAUUGAUCUAGAAAUACGUUUGUUUAUUAAUUACAUUUUCGAUGCCAUGAUUUGAAUAUUUAUUACAAUGUUUUAUUUAGUACUGUUAUUAAAAUGUACAUAAUGAUGACGUCAUAAUUUGUUACCAUUUUGUAAUUAUAUUUGUUAU